CCCGCGGCUGGUGCGGUCAAAAACGCGAUCGAGUCGUCCGCCACGCCACGCGCGCGCGAGCUGUAAACCCUUCCCUGCGGCUUCGGUUCCAGCUCACGGCAUGAACGCGUGCGUGCGUGCGUGUACAGCCGCCAUAUAAGAGGAGCCGGCGACUAGGAGAAGAGAAGAGGGACAAGCGCGGCGCGGCAGCUUCCGGGGAGGCCUGCGCGUCGAGAUUUUUCUGCCACUGAAGCGAUGAUGAUUGGCUCCGGGUCUUCUGGCGCGGCGCCGGCGCCGGCGGCCGGAGGAGAGCGUCGGCGCCACCAGCCGAACGUCAGCGUGGCGUGCGGUGGGCUGCCGCGGCCCUUCAGGCCGGUGCCGGGCGCGACAGGCCCUCGGCCCGGGACGCCGAGGCCGGGGUGUCCCGCGGGCGGCGGCGCGGCGCCGUCGGGGCGAGCGGAGUACAACUGGUGGGGCGCCGGCGCGCGGCAGGCGGCCGCCGCGGCGCCAAGGCGGCAGAGGAGCUGCAGGAGCGCCAGGCCCGCGGCGCGCGUGCCGCCCACGGGGAAGGGGAACCGGGAGCUGGUGCGGCGGGCGCUCGCACCGCCCGCCGCGCGCGGGCGCGGGCGCGGCCGCGGAGGCGGCGGCGGGCCGGUGCUGAUGAGGAGGUGGAGUUUCCGGCCGACGCCCAGCCGGCUGCGCAACGCGUCGUCGCUCUCCUCGCCGUCCCCCGCCUCGCCGCGGCCGCGGCCGUCGUGAUCGGUCCUCGCGAUCGGAUUCUUUGAUUCGCCGUCACGGAAAUGAAAUUCUUUCAUCUGUACAGCAAUUCAAGCUUAGUGUGAAAACUGCUCGGUUGUGCGCACUGCUCCGUUUUCUGCAGUUGUGCACGCUUCAGCUCGCUUAUACGCCUCAUCUGGGGUUUUUGCUAUAUACUUUUUUUGAUCAA